AUGAGCUCGAUCGAGUGUUUGCCGGACAUAAUACUGGACCACAUCUUCUGGUUCCUGCGGCCGCUGGAGCUGCUGCGGUCGUGCGCGCUGGUGAGCAAGCGCUGGAACACGCUGGUGGUGCGGCGCGCGCUCGUGGUGCGCGGCACGCGCCAUCUGCAGCGCGUGCGACACUCGCUGCACGCGCUCUACGUGCUGCUGCCCGACAUCAUCAGCGAGAUGCCGCCACGCGUGCCGCUCUUCGACCUCGUGCCCACUAUAGUGCGGCAGGCCCCCUUGUUGGUCGAAUUGUCCUUGGGAGUUGACGUACCGCUGGACCCCUACAUGAUGGGCACAUUGAACGGGCUGCGAUGUCUCCGCCACCUCGACGUGUUUCCUUCUUACAAGAUUGGUUCGGAAACGCUGCCCCUGCUGCUGAGGCUGGACGCGCUGGUGCUAAACAACGUAGUACACUCCAAAGUCCUCGUGGAGUUGGCCACCCAAGGCCGCCUUAAGGCGUUGCACUUGCAAGGGUACCUACUGGUUCGCAACUAUCCACUUCGUGGUAUGCUCAGACUCAUUAAUGCGACAGACCUGCGCGAGCUCACGUUGCGCUGUAGCGAGCUGCACAAUCCUGCGUACGAGACUGUCGUGACCUGCCCAAACCUGACGUCACUGCAACUAUACUCGUGCCGGUACCUGACGGGUGCAGGCGCGGUGCACCUGACGCGGCCGCGCGGUCUCACGCGCCUGCAUGUGACGGGAGCGCGCAGUCUGUCGCCCGUGGGGUUGGCCGCCAUGCUGGCGACACUCCCACCUGGCCUCAAGGACCUGGCACUGAGCGGUACGAGCUUCGCAGAUGAACACGCCCAGCUGGUGAUCACCCACGCACCCCACCUGGAAGAGCUAGAGCUGUGGAGGGUUCACAUAUCCGCGAAGGCGGUAAUACUGCUAGCUAGCUUGCUGUUGCAAAUUCGCUGCCUUAGCGUGGAGGUGGCGAUGACUGCCGAGCAGCUGCGUAUACUGGCGGUGCACCCAACUUUGAAGCUGGUGCGCUGCGGCUCGAUGCCAAUGAAGCCGGAUACGUACAAGAUCAGCGGUUUGCGCGUCGUGUCCACGAAGGCGAAGUACCCGCUCCCAUGCAUGUUUCAAUCAAACCUGGACAAUUCCACAGACGGGUUCCGUGCGUCCUUCUGCUACUACUGGAUGCAUUACAGCGACCUGGAGCCGGUCGGCGCGACUGCGAACAUGGCGAUCAGCACCGUGAUGGAGGACAGUCACAACAACAUGUUCGCCAAACUGCCAAUACCUGGAGCGACGUACGUCACGAACACGAUCAGUAUCGACGGCGUCUAUAGAGAAUAUUACAGAAACUACUCGUACGACGUGGACAAUGAAGUGGUGGGCACGAGACCCUCUCGGUUUACUGUAAAGUACUCGCAUUGUUGA